AUCUUAACAAGACGUUUUCUAACCUCCUCAACUCCGUCCACCAUCCGUACGCAGGAGCCCGCUGCUCUGCCUCCCCCGGAAGCGCAGCGGACUCGCCCUUUACUCAAUAAAGGGCUUCAGCACAGCAUAGUUCCAAUUUAUAACGCCAUACCAAUAUCUGUGCAAUAUGGCUCCACACGCCGAGGCAGACGUGGGUUCUGCGGACGGACACGGACAUUCAAGGAACGGCAACGGGUCGGCCUCAUCGCGAUCCGGCCAUGCCGACCUCUUCGUAGUUCAAUCCCCUAAUGUAACAUACACCGACAAUGAGAUUGCGUCGAAGUAUACCUACCGAACUACUAGUGUAACCCAAGACGCUAACGGUAAGUAUGUGGCCACACCGAAGGAGCUGGUAUAUAACUUCAAGGUCGACCGCAAGGUUCCCAAGGUUGGCAUGAUGCUCGUAGGCUGGGGUGGGAAUAACGGCACAACAGUGACAGCCGGUAUCCUUGCAAAUCGCCGUGGCCUCGUAUGGGACACUCGCGAGGGCUCUCGCGCUGCAAACUACUAUGGCUCUGUUAUCAUGGGCUCUACCAUGAAGCUAGGCACGGAUCCUAUCUCCAUGAAGGAGGUGAACAUUCCAUUCCACGAUGUGCUUCCCAUGGUUCAUCCCAACGAUCUCGUCAUUGGUGGCUGGGAUAUCAGUGGUAUGAACCUCGCGGAUGCCAUGGACCGCGCUGCGGUGCUCGAACCUACCCUGAAGGCCCAAGUCAAGAAGGACAUGGCUCAGAUGGUCCCCCUCCCUAGCAUCUACUACCCUGACUUCAUUGCGGCCAACCAGGAAGAUCGAGCCGACAAUGUCAUACCCGGAAGCAAGGCUUCUAUGGCACACGUUGAGAAAAUUCGACAGGACAUUCGCGAUUUCAAGCAGAGAAAUGGCCUGGGUAAGGUCAUUGUGCAGUGGACUGCAAACACAGAGCGUUACGCCGAUAUCAUCCCGGGCGUGAACAACACCGCGGACAACCUCCUAAAGGCUAUCGAGCAAGGUCAUGAGGAAGUAUCACCCUCUACCGUCUUUGCGGUGGCCUGUAUCCUGGAGGGAGCCCCAUUCAUCAACGGCUCGCCGCAGAACACCUUCGUCCCCGGAGCUAUUGAGCUCGCCGAACGGCACUCCGCCUUCAUCGGCGGCGAUGACUUCAAGUCCGGCCAAACCAAGAUGAAAUCCGCCCUUGUCGACUUCCUCAUCAACGCCGGCAUCAAGCUGACCUCGAUCGCGAGCUACAACCACCUGGGCAACAAUGACGGCAAGAACCUGAGCUCGCAGAAGCAGUUCCGCUCAAAGGAAAUCUCUAAGAGCAACGUCGUCGACGACAUGGUCGAGGCCAACUCCGUCCUCUACAAAAAGGGCGAGCAUCCGGACCACACCGUCGUCAUCAAGUACCUGCCGGCUGUCGGCGACAAUAAGCGCGCCCUAGACGAGUACUAUGCCGAAAUUUUCCUUGGCGGCCAUCAAACCAUUUCGAUCUUCAACGUCUGCGAGGACUCUCUGCUCGCGUCGCCCCUCAUCAUCGACCUCGUUCUCGUAACCGAGAUGAUGACGCGCAUCCAAUGGAAGCUCAGCGACGACAACGAAGUCGACGGCCCGGCUGAGUACAAGGGCUUCCACAGCGUCCUGAGCAUCCUCAGCUACAUGCUCAAGGCGCCGCUGACGCCCCCAGGAACUCCCGUCGUCAACGCUCUUGCCAAGCAGCGCGGCGCCCUCACUAACAUCUUCCGUGCCUGUGUCGGUCUCGAGCCCGAGUCUGACAUGACACUCGAGCACAAGCUGUUUUAGGAAGGAAAAUGCUUUUGUUUUCAAUUGGGGGUGCACUAUAGGUAAAACCUACCUAGGUAUCCUAACCUAACCUAACCUAACCCAUCUUCUACUUCUUCAACUACUUUAUAUAUGCGGUAUCCGAAAACGCCAGCUCAACGCUACGUUUCUGCUACUUACCCCCCAUUACUAAGGCUACCUACCCG